AAUACUAAAAUAUCAAAGGAGUUAACACUAAAUACAUAACAAGUGGGACGGAUUUCACAUUUUCACUUCAGAAUUUUUUUUUUGUUAAACUUCUCGUUCUCUCCGUCGGCUGAAAACUCCAUUGCUCCAGGCUUCCAGCCUCCAUGAUGGUGUGAUCCUUCCUAUUUUUCUUCCCAACAAGUCAACAACAAUUAAAUCUUUACGGCAUGGUUCUGAAAAGAAAGCAAUCUUCUGGAUGUCAAAAUAGGAAGAAGAAGAAAAAGAAAAAGAGAUUGGAAUAUACUAAAUCUCUAGUAGGUUCUUUUGAUAAGUUUUUGAUUAGGAAUCAACCAGCAAUUGAGAAUAAGGGCGAUGAGGAUAAUGCUACAGAUGAUAAUGGUAAGAAUGAGGGGAAUGGGGAUGAUGGUGCUGCUGAUAAUGGUUUAAAUGAGGGGAAUGGGGAUGAUGGUGCUGCUGAUAAUAGUAUGAAUGAGGGGAAUGGAGAUGAUGGUGUUGCUGAUAAUGGUAUGAAUGAGGGCAAUGAGAAUGAGGGUGAUGCUGAUAAUAGUGUAAAUGAGGGAAAUGUAAAUGAUGGUGGUGUUGAGAAUGGUAUGAAUGAUAUCAAUGAGAAUGACAGAAGGGGGGAUAAUGUCAACAAGACGGUAGGAACGAAUGAAGUUGGUAAUUAUUGUGAAGAGUUAAGCCAUAUAGAUAUGUUUGAUCAGGCUAAUUGGAAUACAAUUGAUAAAAAACUUGUUGAUUUUUUGGUAGAGAAGGGUCCAGUGAGAAUUGAUAAUAUCAAGUUCCCUAGAGAUUCCAAGGGCGAUCAUUUCUCUAGCACUUAUUACUUUCGGAGAAUGAGCAAUUUUGAGAAACAAGAAAGGAGAUGGCUAGUGUAUUCGACAUCUUUGGAUAAGGUAUUCUGUUUUUGUUGUAAAUUGUUUAAGAAGAGGGAAACUAAUUAUCAGUUGUGCGAAAGUGGGUUCAAUGAUUGGAAUAACCUAAGUGGAAGACUUAGUACUCAUGAAAACAGUGGAGAGCAUGCUGUUUGUAUGUUUAAUUGGCUUGAGUUGGAAUUACGAUUGAGAAAGGAAAAAACCAUUGAUAAGAGAAUACAAGAACAGAUCAAUAGAGAGAAGAUACAUUAUAAAGAUGUUUUGGAGAGGAUGAUGGACGGCAUCUUGUUCCUAGCGAAGAAUGGUUUAGCAUUUCGUGGGGAUAGUGAGAAAAUUUAUACAAAAAAUAAUGGAAACUUCUUAAGUUUCAUAGAGGUACUUGCAAAAUAUGAUCCCGUGUUAAAGUAUCACUUGGAGAGUAUCGAAAAGAAUGAAAUGCGGUAUCAUUAUCUUAGCCACAAAAUUCAGAAUGAACUGAUUUCAAUGCUUGUUGAUGAGACGCGAAAGCUUAUUCUGAAAAAAAUCCACGAGGCGAAAUACUUCUCAAUUAUUCUUGAUUGUACUCCGGAUGUUUCUCGCAGGGAACAAAUGUCCAUUAUAAUCAGAUGCGUAGAUGUUUCACCAGCAAGAAUUGAGGAAUAUUUUCUUGGGUUUUUGAAAGUUGAAGAUAAAACAGGAGAAGGUUUGUUUUUUGAACUUCAAGAAGCAUUGAUAAACCUUGGAUUAAAUAUUGAUGAUAUAAGAGGGCAGGGAUAUGACAAUGGAGCAAAUAUGAAAGGAAAACACAAAGGUGUACAAGCAAGACUACUCGAGAUUAAUCCAAGAGCAUUCUACACACCGUGUGCUUGUCAUAGUCUAAAUCUAAUACUUUGUGAUAUGGCUAAGUCAUGUCCUAAAGGAUUGUCUUUUUUUGGAUCCAUACAACGUAUUUAUACGUUAUUCUCGGCUUCUACUAAUCGAUGGGAUUUGUUCAAAGAAGAGAUUGGAGAGAAAGGUUUGACUCUUAAACCAUUAUGCGAUACUAGGUGGGAAAGCCGUGUAGCAAGUAUCAAAGCGAUAAGAUACCAAGCUCCUGAAAUACGCAAAGCUUUAGAGAAGUUGCGAGAUUCAUCCUCUAUUUCUCAAGAAGUCAGCACAGCCGAGAGCCUAAGUAUAGAAAAGAUGGGUUCCAAAAGGCAAUGGAAGAAGCGAAGGAGAUUGCAGAUGGUAUGAAUAUUGAACCUACAUUUCGUGAAGUUCGCACCACUCGUACUUGCGAACCAAUAUCAGGUGAGGAAUUUUUUAGAAGAACUUACUUUUUAUAUAUAAUGGACAGUGCUAUAUCAUCAUUCAAGGCCAGGUUUGAACAGUUUCGAUUAUAUGAAAAAAUAUUUGGUUUUCUGUUUGACUCGAACAAGUUAAGAACUAUGAGUGAGAAUGAAUUGAUGAGGUCCUGUCUCGCACUUGAAGGUUAGUUGAAGCAUGGUACAUCUAGAGAUAUUGAUGGCAGGGAGUUAUAUUUGGAAUUGUUAGUCAUGAGAGUUGCAUUACCUAAGGCUUAUAGCAAACCAAUGGAGGUUUUGCAAUUUUUACUAAGAAUGGAUGGUUGCUACCCAAAUGCGUGGAUUGCUUAUAGGAUACUGCUCACAAUUCCGGUAACAGUUGCAUCGGCGGAAAGAAGUUUUUCUAAACUAAAGUUGAUUUUAUCGUAUCUUCGAUCAACUAUGUCAGAAGAGAGAUUAAUUGGAUUAUCUAUGCUGGCAAUUGAAACAGAUAUGGUUAUGCAAGUUGAUUUUAAAGUUAUACUUAAUGAUUUUGCAUCUAGAAAUGUAAGAAGAAUCAACUUUCAAUAGAUGUUAUUUGUAUGAUUAUCUGAACCCUUUACUUUUAUUGUUUUCUGAACCAUAAUUUGCUUGACAUAUUUACAUGCUGAGAAUGAUAUACUUAU